AUGAAAAUAAUUUAGAUAUUGAAUUUGUUGACUUAUGCUUUAUGUGCAACCUUCUCAAGUACAAGUCUAAGUGAUACUUUGCAUGAAAAUGGAUCAAUCUAUGGAUGGAGAGAAGAUGAAUAAAAACUAUUCAAAAAUUGGGUGUAAGAAUAUCAAAAAACAUAUAACAAUGAAUUCGAAAUGAUUUAUAGAAUGGAAGUCUUUGUGCAGAACUAUAGAUUAAUGAAGGUAUUUAACAGGUUAAUUCUAAUUUUAGCAUCAUAAUGAAUAAUUACCAAAAGAUGUAUGGGGAUUAAAUAUCUUCGCAGAUGAAACAUCUGAAGAGUUGAUGGAUAAGCUCUUUAUGAAGAAAGAUUUCGAUGAGCAUUAUGAGACAUUUAAUGAAGAUGAUAUCAAUGCAAUUAAAAUUGAUGCUUUAUCUCAUAAUUCUUUUUUAUAAGCUGAUAAAACGGUGAAGGUUAUUAAAAAAGUAGUGAAAAAAUCAUCUAAAACUUCUAAAGCACAGAAAGCAACACCAAAGAAUCCUCCUAGCUUAGACUGGUUAAAAAAAGUAAUUUUCUUUUAUUAAUUCUUAGGUUACAGAAGUUUAAUAAUAAGGAAGAUGCGGUAGUUGUUGGGCAUUCGCAGUUUAAGAUGUUGUAAUAAGUAGAUUGGCAAUUAAUAAUAAAAACAAACUUGAUUAAUUAUCAAAGACACAUUUAAUUGAUUGUGCUGAUGGAAAUACAGCAGGAUGUGAUGGAGGUUCAGUCAGUGAUGCAUUUGAUUUUAUCAACAAAUAUGGAACUGUUUAUGAAAAAGACUAUAGAGAAUAUGAUCAGAAAGAAGGUGAAUGUUCAAAACCAAAAGGAUCAAUUGNGUUAGAUUAAAAAAUAGAGAUGAGGAUUAAAACUUUUAUCGCUCUAUUUUUUUUAGAUAUUAAAUUUAGCAAAUCAAUAAUAGACUUUAAUAUAUACUAGGAUUAUUACAUAAACAUAAUUUAAUCUAAAUAUUUAAUUUUACUUUCGAUUUUCUUGAAAAGGUUCGGUAAAUUAUUUAAUAACCAGAAAAGAUAAUAAAUUUGUUACUCUAAUCAUAAAACUGAUCAAUUUUUUUAAUAAAAAAAGAGAUUAAUCAUUUGA